ACUGUUGCUGCUAGAUACCUGGCCGUUGUGCUUCAGGAUUCUCGCAGGGUAUUUAAAUGUUCUUAUUGCGAGGAAUAUAGACCCAGGUCCCAAAAAAAAAAAAAAACACUGGUGGCAGCGUGAAUGAAUGAAUGAAUGAACUAUAGUUGGAGUAGUACGAGUUCUUUUGUUCCUGAAACCUUUUUGUGCUCGUCGUUGGCUCUGAACAACAACCCAAUUUAUUAUCUCUAAAAAAAUGUACAUCUAGUUCUAGUAGAAGUUCUUGUUGAAUAUCAUAUAGUUUUACAAUUACAGUGUGUAGAAUUUGAUUGCCAUCAUUCAUACAUUUCCUGUCAACUACGCCUAAGUAAAGAUGGCAGCCUCUUCCAACUUGUUCUUAGAUCAGGUGAGAACCUUGUUGUACAAGGAUAUCCUCCUCUCCUCGCGAAGUCUCCCGACCUUCGUCUGCAGUCUAAUAUGUCCGGCGUUUAUGCUUUUCUUCAGCACCUUUUUUGUGCUGUUCAUCGAUGAAGAGAUAAGGGUGCAACCUUAUCAGACGGUACGACCUAUUCUUGUGUUGUCUCGUGUGUGUUACAACGAACACAUCAUUCAAUCUACUACUUGUUGAUAGAUUAGACCCUAUCUGCGUCAGUAUCUACAACCUGUAAUAAUCUUGCUAUGUAGUGAUAAAUUGCGGAAAUGACGACCAACCAGCACGACACGCACGACAUUGCCACCUCUCGUCUACCUCCAGUCAACCUCCUUCUCUUCCCAUACAACAGGUAAACCUCCGCACCCGAGACAUCCAAUCUGAAUACGGUUUUGACCCUUUUCCUGCACAAUGUGGCGAGUUGGCCAGUUCAGAGUACCAGGAGAGCUUCGAGUCCUGGCGAGUGGAACAGCAAGUUUCACUGGCACCGGGUUACAAUUAAGGCAGCUCAACAUAAGUAAUGUUAAUUCAUUUCUACAUCAAAUAGCACUCAUGACUUGCCUUUAGUUUUUCCGGCACUUAUCUCACGCGUAACACGUCACUUCUACACGUUUUAUUUAUUUUUCUGCUCGCUGUCUCCUUUCUAGGAGGGUGAGAAAAUGGAAGCAAGAAGUGGAAAAAUAUUUUGAGCUCUAAUACAAUAUGAACUUCGAUUGCUUUCUCGACAGUAUGGCGGACUUCGUACCGUUUUGGCGGGAGAUGCUUCUACAGGUUCGGCAAAAGCCCGCAUGGACCCCGAGGGUUCAGACCUUUGGCAUAUCCCCAGGUGUGCAGGAUGAUGAGGCGACUUUGGGUGGCAGGUUUCAGAAAUACUUAGAGAAACGCUACGACAAGCAAAUGUUCUUGGCGGAGGAGUUGUACAAACUGUUUAACAACGAUUGUUUCAAUCAUACGGGACUAGCGAGUGCAACGACUGCCGCAUUGGCGAGGGGAGCGUCAGCGACGGGGCAGACGUUUACGGAGGCGAUGACAUACGAUUAUGGCCAUUGGGUUUUUCACUAAGUACAAAUACAACCUUCUCCUUCGUCAUGUGUUGUAAAUAAAAAGCACUUUCUUCUUGAUUUUUUAGAAGAUUUUUGCACGCUCAACUACGUAAUUAUCCACGUCCAGCACCACCUUAAUACAGCACCAUGAUUCUCCUUCCCCUUUGUUCAUAUCACCAUCUGCUUAUCGAGUGCGACGAUGACUCCCGUUUCCUGUCUCAGCACCUGUCAAGAUGGAGCAACCAUAGCUGGUCGAACAGUUCCUCCCGGAGCGGCUAAUGUGACCAUAGUCGUGAAUGCAAGCUACAACUACCCCGCACUAGUCGGUUAUUGGACGCAUCCCAACAGCAGCCUUGUUGCCACAGAUCCUGGCUUCGUAGCACCAGUGCCGCCAGCGGCUGUUGCCGGCAGUUUUGCAGCGAAGUUGAACCAGAUCGUUGCUCAACGAUUGGCAGGCAACUCGACAGCACUGAGACUGUUGAGAGAACUCUCAGCUGCUUCUGAAGAGGAGCAGGGGAUGUACUUGAUGAAUGCAGAAGGUUCUUCAGUUGGUGCUUCUCUGGCUCCUCUUGGCGACAAUGUUGGAAAAGAGCAAUUAGAAGAAGUAACUACGAAGAGCAACCACUAUGUAGUUGAACAAGAGGACAAGAGGCUGAUGAACAACGAUAAUGACAUUACCUCUACUCUUGCCGCUUUUCCGACUUCCGGCAGCGCACUGAUUUCUCAGUUAACCCGCAAAUUCAACGAGGUACGAAAAAAACGCAUGCUGGAGCAAGAGCAGAACAACAAGGGUUUGCGGAACAUCAAGAAGAGGAAGAAAGACAGAACUACAGACUCUUUCACAGCUUCAGCGAUGACGAUGGCAGAACAACGCUCAGAGACAACCCAUCGAAAUUUGCGUUGGUUAGGAGGGCCGUUAUUCGAAAAACUGCUGACAGGUGGAAGCCGAGUGAUGAAGAAGAUCAAUUCAGUAAUGUCGGACAGAGAAAACCAGGAUCAUCUUGCUGAAGUGUUAGAAGAAGAAAGUACAACUGCAGCGACCGUUUUGACGAGUGGUCCUUCUGCGUCAGGACAAGCAACUUCUAGCUCAAGCGCUUUUACUAGGAGGAGUAGUGCUGCUGGUCUCACUGCAGGUCAGCGCUUUCGACAGGCUUUCGGGAUUAGCAGCAAGAAGAACGAACAAGAUGAUGCUGAUUCAACAUCUCCCUCUUCCCCUCGUCGACGGUUAAAGGUGAACUGCGAUACUGCUACUUCAGCUUGCGAAUGUGCUAAGAUGCGGCCAUUCUGUGGUUGGUUCGCACGAAAUUCGGACGACAUUAGUGAAGGGAAUUGUCGAGAAGCCAUCAACUCCCGUGGUGGUGCCGAAGGGAACGUUGCCGUGGAAACGAGCUGCUUUGAGUGCCCUACUCAGGAGACGACUAUGGAAAACGUUUGUUAUCUUCAAAUAAGGUAGUGGGUGAUUCAUUUUUUCCAAGUCCAAGAAGAAGAAAGAUUUAACUUUUACCUUAUCCUUUUCCUUAUGUUUGUAAUUCUAAUUCCUUGCCCGGCUCCGGCGACCAGCCUUGUUCUCGCACAGCACUCUGGUCUCGCAUUGGCACUGCUCUCCCGAUGCUCAAACCUCACGUAGCGGUUUUCACCAAAGAGGAGACGAUGUUAGACAGGAUUAACCAUCCGGAAUAUCCUGAAAACACGCAAAUUGGAGGUCGUGCGGUCAGCGAAAUGCUCUGUGGCAGUGUUAAUUUCUUGACUGGAGACGACAAGGACGGAGCCGUGAAAGAUCUGGAAGACGCAGCAGUAAAUUUGAAUGCUGCAAGAGCGGGGGGAAGGAUGCUUAUGAGAGCCAAGAAAAGUUUAUAAAUAUUCUACUCUGGUGUUGUAAUCCAAAUCCUUCAUUGUUCUUCCAUGAUUCAUCGACUCAAGUGGCCCGUAAUAACACAAGAUGAAUUGCCUCGCUCUCGUCUCUCUACAACUGUUUAUUGUUCUUCUAAUUGCCAAUUCGAUAUCAGAACCAACCAAUCCGACGUGAGUGGUCAACCCUUCGGAUAUUUGCCGCAAUACCGUGUCGCCCCCAGAGCGAGCGAGACGUAUAUGGGUACUUAUUCGCGUUCGGGUUUCUUAGGCGUGCAGAAUGUGGUGAACGAGUUCUUGUCGUGCGAUUCUGAAGCUGAUAGUUGUUUUGGAGCUGCCGCUGCUGCUGGUAACGGCAACGUUGAUUCACGGAGUGCGGCGUUCACGAUCAUUACGGCUACUUACUUUUUGUUUUUUUAUCCCACUUUUGCUUUUGCAAAUGCUGUAUAACAGAGUAGUUUAUGGCACGCGUGGUGCAUGGAGUAGCAUGGAGUGCAUGGAGCGCAGAGCUUUAAGGGGCGCAAGAAGCUCCCCCUUCAGCUCCAUGCUACUCCAUGUGAUCCAUGCACUCCAUGCCAUGCGAGCUGUGAAACCUUACAAAUUGCUCUGGUAUAAAUCUAUGUAUAUUAGCUUCGCUCUUCUCGUCCUCGACGUCAUAAGACCAUAGGAAAACUGUUCACUUAGUACAACCUUCGCUUACAAUAGCAACAAGAACUUGAACUUACUUCCGCAGCUUCUCAACGGCGUUCUUAUAGACUCUAAUCCACCAGACGCCACCAAAAGACCCGACCUUCAAAAGAUAUCCAUGAACAACUUCGGAAUACCGCAAUACUGGGAUAACGUUAGGCUACGAGCAGUAAUGGGAGAUAACGACGAUGCUAGUGAAGGCCUCUUUUUUGGCCUUUGUAUUCCGAUUUUACCUUUGGUCGGCAGAGUCUUGUUGGAGAAGGAAAAGAAGAUUAGGGAAGGUACUUACUACUACUAGGGCGAGAGAGAAGUUUUUAACUCCAGUUGUACUGAUUGUACUUGUACUAGACAAGGAGAGCUACAGCUAGUAGAGCUACAACUUUUAGUUUUUUACUUUUUUGUGUCGAGGAUCCUGAGGAUGAAGAACACUUGCGUAUCAGAUAGGCGCUUUUUUCACACUUUACUUGCUCAUAAUAAGUAGAUAAUCUAAAUGUAAGCAAGUAAAGUCGUCCCCACCUCCAUAAUAGUAGAUAAUCUAAAUCUAAGCAUGCAAGUAAAGUCGUCCCCACCUCCAUAAUAGUAGAUAAUCUAUCUAAGCAUGCAAGUAAAGUCGUCCCCACCUCCACGUCCUCCUCCACGUUUACCACCACAUCAGGUAUGCGAGCGAUGGGCAUGAAGGAUAGCGCUUACUACCUGGCUGUGACGCUCUUUCACACGAUUUUUGCUUUUGCAGCCUCUUUGGUCAUCCUCUUCCUGUGGAAUGUGCUACCCGAUUGGCAGGGUUUCAGCGGCAACGGUUGGAUCUUUUGGUGGCUCUGGAUGAACACUCUGCAUUGUCUACAGCUGGCACUGUUUCUGUUAAGGCUUUCUGUAGUCCAUCUUGUCGAGAUGAAGCAUUUUACUAGCAUUGCUAAAGUCGUGGGCAACCUAGCUAGAGAUGUAGCAUUUUACUAGCACCAUUUAAAGUGGGCAAUAAAAAACUAAUGGUUGAUGUUCCUUUAUAGUGGGCAAGACCAACAUGUCUUUCAAAUGAGAAACAGAAGCAGAACGAACCAGAAUGCUUCUCAUCUUCAUCAAAAUGGAUGGAUAUACUGAGUGAGGAGGUCUAACUGUCAGUGUCUUCUUCAACAACAUGACCUUCGGAAAGAUCGCUUGUAUGGGCAUCGUCAGUAUCACGAAUUUGUUCGGCAGAUUGAUGCCUCAGAUCGACGUGGCGUGGAGUGUCGCUUCGAGGCUGAGUUUGCGGCGCUUUGUGUGUAUGUGGAUGCCUGGAACAACGGUUACAUACGCGAUGCGUGUCUGGUACGAACUCGAGAUGCGUACUGAUGGUGUGACUAUCGAUACUGUUGGUGAGCGUGUGUCUGUUAAGGCUUACCUCCGUAAUUCAUCUUGAAGAGCAUCUUAGUUUCAAGUGUUUUCAAAGGGAAAAUAAUUGUCAUAAGCUUGACCAAAGAUGCUUUUCGAGAUGAAUAUUUUUAUCGGCACUAGAAGAGUCUAAUUCUUCUUUGACGACUGACUUCAGUUUCCUGGACUGCAUCAUGAUCAGCCUUUUGGGUGUUUUGUGGAUGACUCUGCUCUUCUGCUACGCAGAUCAAGUGACGCCGAGUGAGUUCGGGAUUCCACGCAAAUGGUAUUUUCCGUUCACCAAAGAAUUCUGGGUCAAUGAGGUGUUCGCCUCUUGUGCCAAGCGUAGUGCUGGUGGAGAAGGAGGGGACAAUGGAAACAAUGCAGAACCUGCUAGCGCAGUGUUGGACCGUCAGCAAUCGAAAGAGUCUGAAAUUUCGGGUCAUCUCGAACAGUCCGGCAAAUACUUCGAGUCUCUCACUUUGCAACAAAAAUCCCUUCAGCAGAAUAACGAGUGCGUGAAAGUGAGAGGCUUGCGGAAGGAGUUCGACAGCGAUGGCAGGACUCUAGUCGCGGUGAACGACGUCAGCAUGACGAUGUACCGAGAUGAGAUCUUUGUGCUUCUUGGUCACAACGGCGCAGGCAAAACCACUACGUUUUCCAUGUUGUAUGGUUUGAUCCCCAUGACCAAAGGGUCUUGCAACUUCUUUGGCCGCAGCAUGACUGAGCAGUUUACGAGCGCGCAUCGGGGUCGUGUGGGGAUUUGUCCGCAGCACAGCGUUUUAUGGGAUCAACUGACAGUUCUAGAACAUCUACUGCUCUUUGCUUACUUCAAAGGUGUCCCGCGUAAUGAGGCGUUGCUGCAAGCGGAGGAACUAUUGAGGGAGCAAAUGAUGGAAGACAAGAGGAAUGCUAUGGCUAGCACUCUGUCUGGUGGUAUGCAACGGAAAUUGUCCUUGGCGAUUGCUUUCAUGGGCAAUCCUAACAUCGUUUUUCUAGACGAACCCUCUAGUGGUAUGGACACAACUGCGCGACGCGAGAUUUGGGAUCUCUUGCGCACGAGAAAGGAUGGCCGGGUCAUCGUCCUCACCACACACUACAUGGACGAAGCCGACGUUUUGGCUGAUCGUGUAGCCAUCAUGAGCCAUGGCGUAGUGAAAUGCAACGGGACACCGCAGUUCUUGAAGCAAGCCUACGGCUGCGGUUAUAACCUGAGCUUCAACUGCGUAGGUUCGGCUUUAGGCGUCGCGGAGAAAUUUAGCGCAUUCUUGAGUCGGGAGGCCUUUUCUGAGGCUGGCAGUUGCAAGUUGAUGACCACCAGCGGAUCCGAGAUGUUGUUCCUCGUGCCAUUUGAAGCCUCACCACAGUUUGAGCGUGCGUUUAACGUGAUCGAACAGAGGAAAGCAGACUUUGGAAUUGUUUCUUGGAAUCUGCAUGUCUGCAAUCUAGAAGAGGUCUUCUUGAAGGUUGCCUCAGAUCAGGCGGAUGAUGAGGAGAAACUGGCGCAAUCAGUUUUGGAACGGGAGCGCACUGUUAGUCGUGAGGUGAGCAAAAACGUUGCUGGUGGUGUGAACAAUAAAGGAAACAAUGUUGAGAACCUCGACGAGGCUGCUGUUGGGGUGCCAUUGCCUCCGAAUCCAAUGGCUGAUGGCAAUCAAGGGGUUCCGUCUGAAUUUAUGGCGAGUGGCUGUAGUUCAUAGACUAGUAUAUAAUGCACUCUACUUACUCUCUGCUUCUUGUUUUGUAGUGUCGAAUGGAUCUUCUGGAAGGUUGCUUAUUUCUUCUUCUUCCCCCUCCUCUAAAAUCCUCAUCAAGCUACAACCACGGCCUGCGCGACAGCUGCUGACUUUAGUUGAGAAGCGUUUUAUCAAUGGAAAGCGGUCUUGGGGGACGACACUGUGCCAGAUCACGUGUCCAAUCAUCUACCUUUUGAUCACCAUCGUGAUCACCAAGAUCAGUCUGAUGGACUGGCCGAGGUUGAAACUGACGGCGACAAAUCACUACAAUAUCGCCGUGGAGUCCGAGUCGGAUCGGAAAUCGAUCGCAGGAACUACGAUCAUCUUGUCGGAUCACGAUUCUACAGAGUACACUACUUUAAGCACUUCUUCUUUGAUGACGCAUCUGCGAUCGUCGCAUGGCGCUCCUUUUGUAGCCAACGCGACGUUGCUCGAGCAGACAUGUCCGAUGAGCUCGUGCGAGGCAAUGUCUUUUGGGAGUGUUACGGCUAUAAGCAUGCUGAACUCAUCAUCAUCAUCAUCAUCUUCGAGAUGCUCUUUUUCAACUUUUCUCUACUUAUAUAUAACUUGUUGAAAAUGGCUGUAGAUGCUCUUCUACUAGAUUGACUUAAUACGUGGAUGAACAUCGCAUUCUUGAUUCGCUCACUCUAAUCCUAGUAGCGGCAAAGGAGCUGUGAUGUGGGGUUCUGAGUCGGCUUAUGGUGGAUGUACGUCCACUGACGUGACGUCCAACAUGAUUCAACUCAGUGGUGCAAUGGGCAAGAACUACGAUACCACGACCCAGACUUCUUUUUCAGCAAGUCCAUCUAUUGCUUCUUCGCUGUUGACUGCCGGUUUCAGUGCCGCAGCCAGGAACCCGCUUGCCCCGUUGAAUCAAUUGAAGAAGCCAGCGCGCUAUUGGUGGCCUACCUCUUGGACUACGGCAGGAGGCAUCGGGACUGUUUUCAACGCCAUGCGACAGAUGGAUUACUGGUUGGAAAGGCAGGUUCCUAAUGCAGCUCCUGACGAAGCGAAAUACGGCGCUUUCAUGCUCGGCAAAGACAAGACUGGCCUGAUCAAGGUCAACGGCACAGGUAUUCACGCUAGCCCAAUCUUUCUGCAAGAGUUUCACAAUGCGGCGGCGAGGUCUGAUGGUCGAGGUGGCGAACGUGUUCCUUAUCUUCAUCCGCUGCCUACGACGCCAGCAGAGCGGCUAGCAGAACUAAACAAUAGUGCUUUCGUUCUGGGCAUGGGCAUCAUCCUCUCUUUUGGCUUCGUCUCGUGCUUCGGGAUGGUCUUCAUCGUGGAAGAGAAAGAAUCAGAAGUCAAGGUUCAGCAAUACGUGAACGGCGUGGGCAUCAAGCUCUACUGGCUGAGCAAUUUAUUGUGGGAUUUUGCGCUCUACUUGAUCCCGAUCUUCAUGAUUCUAGCUCUUUUCGCAGGAUUUGACUUGACGAUCUUCACGAACGAGAACACCAUUAGCGCGACUUUGGCAGUUUUGCUGCUUUUCGCACUAGCCAUGCCCUUGUGGAACUACAUCUUGGGCCACCAAUUCCGCUCUAGCGACACUGCCAUGUCGGUUGCGAUUGUCCUCAACGUCAUUUUCGGCUUUGUCCUCUUCUUAUGACACCAAAAUACGUUAUCAUUAUCAUACUUUUCUACUUAAGAAACUUGAUAAUGAUAACAGAUUUUCCUUUCAUACUUCUUAGUGGGUUUGUUGUUGGAAAUAAUUCGGUUUGACACCACGAGAGCUUUGCUGAAAAAUUGGGGAUGGAUCUUGCGUUUCUGGCCGAUCUACACUUUGGGCGAAGGCGUAAGGCGUAUUCUUUUCGUGGGAUACUAUUGGGAACGGACACCACCGGAAAUUAUUCCAGACGCUUUUUGGCCCAAGUGUGAAGAACAAUACGAAAAUCACGAAGUGCCGCCAUGGGAAUGCUGUCAGAAUAUCUUCGACCGAUUUGGUGCUGGGCCUGCGGUGACAUAUUUACGUCCUCUCGCCAAUCCCUCCCCACAAACACACAAAAUUCACCUCGUUUUCUUUUAAUUUACUUUCAUUUAAUUCUAGUGCAGGGGUUAGUAUUCUAAACGACCUACAGUCUAGUCCUCUCAUCAUUAUUUACGCACGAACCUACGUUUGACGGUUUUACUUUUACUUUUGUUGCAAGAAGUACCCCCCCUCUUCCUUCUCUCUAAUCCCUCUCGCCAUCGAAGUUUUCCUUUACUACGGUAUUGCAGUUUUGAUCGACUACAGUCAGCAGGACGUGCGCAUCAGGCAGUAUCUAGAGCCGAUCGCGCCUCUGUCCAGAAACGCACCGGUGAAUCUGAGACAAUUCCGCGACGCCAGCGUUUUGGCUGAAGAGAUGAAGGUCGAAAACCUAGCACAAGCAGGCAGCGAGGUGAUCAGUCAGAAAACAGGAGUUUUUUGCCGUGCAGUAAACAAGGUCUUCGAAGUCAGUGGUGCCAUAGGUGAAGAAGGCGAACGGAUCGAUCGAAAGAAGAGCUUCUGCGAACUCUGCUGCCUUAACGCUACGCCUUGUGGCUAUUGCUGUCCAGGAUGUGUCAACUCCUGCUUCGAUGUUGGCAGCAAAAAGACGACCAUCAACGCAGUCCGAGAUGCAUCCUUUGCUCUGGAUCGUGGUGAAGUCCUCGGAUUACUCGGAGCUAACGGUGCAGGAAAAACUACGACAUUCCGUAUGAUGUGUGGUAUCGCAGUGCCAGCCAAUCAUCCUCAAACUGACAUGGUUGUCGGAGGAAGAAGCAUCAUCACAGAGAGAGAUCGAUGUCGGAAAGUAUUCUUACUAGGAUUUCAUUUGCUGGGCACUCACAGUCACACUCUACACUUGUUUAAUAUUAUAAUAUUUGCCUGCUGCUUGUCGUCGUCCCUGUACAUUGCAACAUAACUCUUUUAUUUGCAGUGUUAAACAGAGUCAGAGAAGAACAAUGAGAUAAACAACAAACAUCAAAACGUAGGUCCUCGGCUACACCGCUCAAGCGAACCCUAUUUGGCCAUCGAUGACGGUGGAAGAGCAUCUCUUUUUCUAUGCUUCAGUUAAGGGCGUUCCUUCUGAGCGUUUGCCAGACGUAAUGGAAACGACGAUCCGUGACAUGGAUCUCAGUUUACAUCGAUACAAAAGGGCAGGACAGUUGUCGGGAGGUACUCUGGGAAGUUCUACCGUUUGCAGGCCUUGGCGUAUUUUUGCUAAUAUGGCAGUGAAAAUUCAAGUACACAUCGACCUGCACGUCGUCAAUGCCCUCUUUUCCUAUCAAACUCAUCUGGAUUCUCAACGAUCUACGACUUCCUCAAUAAGGUAACAAACGGAAACUCGUCAUUGCUAUGUCGUUGAUCGGCUUUCCGCCUGUCCUGUUCCUCGACGAACCCUCUGCCGGAAUGGAUCCAGAGGCGAGACGGAACAUGUGGGCCAUUAUCCAAAGAAUAGCAACUAAGCAAAAACACUCGACUGUGGUGCUGACGACACUUAUGACUGGAUGUUGAACAAGAAUUCUUGUAUAGUAAAAAUGUUAAAGCUUGAGUUUCUUUGAGGAAUCCUUGUAUAGUGAAAAUUUAAAUUGUAAUAUAUUCUCACUGUGUUUUCAACGACUACUUCGGUUUUGUCAGAUUCGACUUUUGAGAUCCAAAAAUUUGAUUUUUGAGAUUGUUCCUCUCUAACCAGAACUCAAUGGACGAGUGUGAAGCCCUUUGUAGUCGUGUGACGAUCAUGACUCAAGGCGUAAUGCGAACGAUCGGCACCAUUCCAGAGAUCAAAGCGCAGUAUGGUAGUGGUUUCGACUUGUUCCUGAAACUACGGACCCCGACCCACGCCGAACUGAUGUCCAUGUGGCAACAACUUGGGCAGCCAGCAGCCCUGGACCCAACGAAUUGGCCUGGAAGUGGUGCUGUGAGCGCCGGAGCAAGUACGAUGCCAGCAUCUGCUAUUCCGUCUGUAAACUGCAUGCAAGUUUCUCAGUUGUUGGAUAUGCUGGCGCAAACGUGGCCUUGGCAAAAACGGGUUGCUUGGUUAUUGCGCUCGUCGAGAAGCAGCCCUUUUCCAGCUGUGAGCCGCUUAGCAAGUAAACCACAGGAUAGGUUAUGGCUAAUGAAUAAAUAUGAAUACUUCUAUCAGAUAUUAUACGUGAGCACACGGAUCUCUUUCAUCUGCUCUAAUGGGGAUGCACAUGUCGACUUCUACAUCCUGACAAGGAUGAGGAUAGUACUUAGUAUCCAAAUAAUCGAAAACUGAAAAUACCCGAGUUGUUACUGACUGAAAUAAGAGACGUACUAGUCUCGGCAGGGGGCUACUCUUCCUUGUAGUUCAGUCUGUUACUCCUCGGUUAUUUCAGUUUCUGUUACAACUCGGAGGUUAUUUCAGUUUAUUUUCGAGUAAGUUGUACAUCUACAUAGAAGCAGUACUAGUAGCACUUUCUCUUUCGUCUGCUCUAAUUCGCAUCACAAAUCAAGAGCUGCUGGAGAUGCACAUGUCGUCAUGCAAGGGGAACGUUUUGCUACACUGGUUUGUCCAGAGUAUCUACCGAUUGGAGCUGACAGACUGGGUCUCUGAGACCUUCCCAGGCAGCUUCAUGGUCGACACACAAUGCGGUAGCGAACAAGUGACCUUCCGCAUUUUUAAUGCUGUUAUGAUAUAGAAGAUACAUGAUGUUUUAUAAGAACUCAAAGAUAAUGCGUUACGAUUAGUCUCUGUUAAAAAAGCAGGGUUAGUGAGAGUGGUUAAACAACCUAGACAAUCUCUACAAAUCAUCAUCAUAAUUCACAGAAUGAAAGAGAUGAGAACUAUCCUUCUUAUAGUUCUAGUAUCAACUUCUUGUUCUUCGCGUAAGUCGAGUAAUGAGUUCUUAAGAACUUAAGUUAUUCUCAGCUAAGUUGAGUUCUUAUGUUCUCACGAGCUUAAGUUAUGAAGAAUGUAACUGUAGUGCUGAACUUGAUCUUCAUUCUUAGUGCUGAACAACUUGCUCUUCACUGGUGGUAAUGAGGUUGAUUUUCUACACAAGUUAGAAGAAGUAGAUGAGGACUCUAAGGCAAGUAGCGAAAGCACCAGUGGAGGAGCUCCGCCAGCCAAAGCUGCUGCCGCGAGUUCAGCCUCGCUUGGCAGCCUGUUUGGCACUAUCGAAAGAGUGAAAGAGGAAUACAAAAUCCAAGAGUAUUCCAUAAGCCCAACAUCUUUGGAGCAGAUUUUCAAUACCUUUACACGCAGCGCGAUGACCAUCCACCAGGCAGAACAACAAGCACAGCAGCCACGGAUCAGCCAAGAUGCGGUUGGAGUACCGGUUAUCGCGAUGAAUACGCAGGCUAGUCCGGCCAACGUGAGCCAAGUCGCCCCAGUGGUGGAUGCUACUUCUGCAGCCGCAGACGCGUAAUGAUGUGGACUCGUUCGGCGUGGGGUCUCGUUUGAUACUAUCCAAAUAUCAUGGCCUCAAAAUGGUAAUAAAUCUGAACAUGGACGACGAUCUUUGCUCAUUACUUAGUGCAUUAGUCUUCUUGUUCUUUGGUGGUUUAUGACUAUGAGACUGAAUUGAUUGCGUUUGCGCAAUCUAUUACUAAUUCGAGUGUGCGCGGUGAAGAUGUCCCUAAUAAUUUGAAUUUACUUCUCUUGUCGAAUACUUACAUUUUUUUCGAGUAUGCCCUCAUCGAAAACUAUUUUUCGACUUCGUGCUUGUCUAAUUAUGUGAUAUCUUGAGUGGUGGGAAAUGCGCGAUCUAAUACUGAUUCGAGUAUGCGCGGUGAAGAUGUACCUAAUUGGAUGUUACUUCUCUUGUCGAAUAUAUUUUUUUCGAGUAUGCCCUCAUCGAAAACUAUUUUUCGACUUCGUGCUUGUCUAAUUAUGUGAUAUCUUGAGUGGUGGCAAAUGCGCGAUCUAAUACUAAUUCGAGUAUGCGCGGUGAAGAUGUGCCUAAUUGGAUUUUGCUUCUCUUGUCGAAUAUAUUUUUUUCGAGUAGGCCCUCAUCGAAAACUAUUUUUCGACUUCAUGCUUGUCUAAUUAUGUGAUAUUUUGAGUGGUGGUAAAGAAAAUAUAUGUCAAAUAAAUGAAUACAGAAAGACGGAACAGAAAUGACAGUCUCUCUCGGGUUUUUCUGUGGGUUAUCUGUCUCUUUGAUAGAUUCAGGGGAAUGUCGUGUAUCCAAAGCUUUUUCUCCUCGCUAUUUUAAUUUUCAUGCCAGAAUAAAGCUCGGGACUCCUGCUGCAUGCCCUUAUCAAGUCAGUGUUUGUAGUGGUUGUUGCAAAAAACGAAAACUUUUUUUUUAGUCACCAAGAACAUAUCCUGCGUCAUUGAGAUUCGUGAUCAGGUGUCAAGUUAUGACAGACUCAUCAUCAAGCAAUUGCAGAAGUUCUACUUAAUCGUUUUCGCGGUAGUUUUGAGUCAGAUUAUCAUCUGAAAGCACAGCGAUAUUCGAAGUUAAAGAAGUUGAAAAUGAUUUUCUGAAAAUUCCUUCACAAAAAUUAUAUGAUUUUUUUCUUUUACUAGAUAGAUCUAGAAGGCAAUAUCACAGGUAGAAUCAAAAAUCAAGUUCUUGAAUGUGUGAUCUUAAAUAAAAUAAGGUGGUAUCAAGUUGUUUUGCUCUGCUGUUGAGGACUGUUGUAAAGGGAAGGUGAGUGUGUAAAGAGAAUCGAAUAAAUAGAAUAAGAGCAAGUGGAGAUUGCUUUCAGUAUCUGAACAAGUAGAUGACUGAGGAUCGAUCAUGACCGUUCAUCACUUCCAUUCGUUUGUCUGAGUUUCAAUGGACCCCGUCUUGUUUGGUAUAAUGUGGUCUUGGUCAAUACAUAGAACUAGAAAAAUUUCAAUGCAUGAACAACUCAAUUCUUGUCUGAAUUGGGCGGUAGAAUUCAAGUUUCAACUACAUUCUUGUGGCAGCUUCAUCUUAGCCGAGAAACACGCAAAAGAUAUACUUACUCUUCACAUCAUCAAAGUACUUAAGUGCCAAUUCGCAGCUCAUGAACGCACGUUCUUGCUGCUAGUGAUACUUCGUCUUCCUAUGGAUCUACAGCGGAUUUUUGAGAUCAUAAGGUCGCGAUCGCAUGUUGUGCGCAAAUACAUGAGGACCAGUGAAGAUCUAGUACUUGGUGGACGAGAAUACAACAUGAUCCCUCUCACAGAUCUUCAAUGC